UGAAAUGCAGAGGAAAAAUGAGAGAACACCAAAACCAGGAAGCUUCAAACGUCAUGUGCGAUUAUUGGGCUGUUGAUCCAAAGUAAACUCACACCAUGAGGCGGGGUUUCGAGUUAUUUGGAUGUAGCUGAGUGUUGGGGUAUUGAACUAUUGGAGCAUCGUGAACUGAUCGGAUCUAGCAGACGGUAUCAACUACGAAUUUCCACUAAAUCCAGAGGCUUCAUGUCUUCCUGGAGCAGCAGUGUUGUGUUUUCAACACAACAUGGCGGCUAUCAUCGGCCCUCUUUAGCCGAUGUAUCAGCGAACAUUGGCCGCAGAGAGAUGGGUCUGGUGUGGGUGUGAGACGCUGGGACGAUGGACGAUGUCGUCUGUCUCAGCUCAGAGGACUCGGAUGUAGAGAUCGUCGGCUCCACGUUCUCGACCGGGCCGCCGCCCCUCUCCUCUGACGUCACCGUCUUGCCGCAUAUUAUUGACCUCACAGAUCCAAAGUGGAUAUUUCCAGAAGAGAGAAAGCGCAAAAGACAACAUUCUACCAAUAUCUUGGCAGUGAUAGACUUGACUGAAUGUAAUGAAGAAAAUGGGACAGAAAAGAUGAAAAAUGAAAAUCAACACUUAAACAAACAAGAUUUAAAAUUGGAGAAAAGCUCUUUAAGAGAUUCAACUGUUCUUGCACCACAGCAGGACUGUGGUGACCUGAAGCCAGAGUUCAGUUGCUUGGAUCCUCAAAACCAAAAGAAGAAAUAUGAAAUACAUCCCUGUGCUCACACACCAGUAAUAAAAUUAAGACGACUCCCGUUUCUUGAAGCGCAUGUCAGAGAUUUGGAAACAUCAAAGUCUCCUGUCCGUUUAACCAAAGACUGCACACAAAUGUCACUGAGCUUUAAACAACUGGACAUGAACAAUGAUGCAUCAGAAUCCAUGAUUGCAGCCUCUAUUGUUCAAUGCAUGGAACCUUCACUUGAUGAGUCUUCUCCUAAGGUCACUGAGUCUCUUGUCACAGAGGAACAGCAGGAGAACCGUAAUGAAUUUACUAGUAAACAUUUACACUACCUCGCUUAUCACACAUCCCAUCACUUUUCCACCACCAGAAUGAACCCUUCUGAGCUUUUGGACCCUGACCCUCUGUCACACAUAAGUCCCGUCUCUCGUGAUCCUCAAGUCGAUCCACCUCCCAUUUCUGAACGCACACAGGUCGAAAACACAACUGAAUGUCAGUCAGACGAGGCUGAAGUUGAAAGGCCCUCAAACAGCCCUAACUCCUACUUUAGCAUCCCUGGUGAACCUCCUUUGCCAAUAUCUAAAACCAAGGACAUGGAUGAAAGUCCUGUGGACGAGGCGUAUAGAGGGGAGUUGGAAACUGACAGUCCACUGUCUUUUUUCUGGCAAGAGGAAAGUGAUGAAGUUAACGAAGAGAACAGAUUUCACAGUAACAUCAUGGCAGCCAGUGAAGAGGACAAGCAUUUCGUGUGCCCGGAUGCACUCAAGGAAAUAAUGUCUGGAUCAUAUCGAGGCCUGAUUAAUGUGGAAUACGAAGCUUUUGGAACUCCAAAGGUGCUAUGCUAUCAGAGCCUGGGCCAAGUUUACAGUACCAUUGAUGAGGACUAUCCAGAGGGCACUUUGGAGCUCUUGUCUGAUCUACUACAGCCUGGUUUCUAUCCUCCCAGAGAUAUCUCUGAACAUCUACUCCACAACAUUCUGCUCAACCUGCAGCGUCCCCAUCACCUGUGUGUGCAGGCGUUUAAUCUGCUGAUGAGGACACAGAGGCACCACAUGGCUGAUAAAACCACAGUUCCAUGGGACUGGGAGUUGUUGACCUCAGUCAUGGUCAAUCAGGACUAUACAAUUAAACAUCAAUGUGAGGUUGUGCGCAUGUUCCUGGAGUACGUUGUGCAGACCCUGGAGGAUGACUUCCAGGCCAAGCGCUCUGUUUCUGCCCUCCAUCACUCUAUCACCAAAGCCACAUUGUCAUGCGAUCAUCAGUUCCCUCGAGUCAGGGAUGUCAUCAAGUGGCUGUUUUCUGCCAUUGUGAAAUCGACAGAGUAUGGAGAGAAUAGAGAAACAUUCAGAGAGAAAGAUGAACAAAUCAGAAUUGUGCUUGUCUUCCAGAGGAUGCUGUCUCUGGCUCUGCAGGUGGACAACUCUCCAGCUCUCAGCUCUAUCAAACUGGCCCAGGAGCUCUUCCAUAUGGUCAUCAGCAGUGAGCCUUUGCGAGCACACAGGAUGUUGCUGCUGGAGAGCUUGCAGAGCAAGCUGUUGACAUGUAAGCUGUUGGAACAUCUGUUGGACUAUGCAUGCCGGCUGAAAAGCUCUCUGCCCAUGUCACUAAGUCUGUUGCUGCACUUUCUGAAGAAUUGCACUCUCGCACCAGACCCCACGGAUGGUGACGAGAGGUGGAAGAGGUGGGAAGAGUUGGUCCAUCUACUCUGGAUGUUGCUACUCAGCUACAACGUAGCGAUGAAAGACUUCCUGUGCAGCUCCAUCAGUAAACAAAGCGAUAGGGUUAGCACGAUGGUCUACAAGCCAGAUGAUAAGAUAUCCAGGUCGGCCACUCGUGAAGCUGUGGACGCCUUCCUGUCCAGAUCCCGGGCUGACCUUGGCCAAGCGUUACCUCUCCAUGUGGAAGAGUCGCUGGCUUAUCUACAGAAUCACCUGCUGGAUGUCUGCCAGUGUUGAAUGAAAUAUUGAAUUGAUGAUCUUUGUUGAGCCCAUUCUCUCAGAGGAGCAUGAAUUAAUUUAUUUUGUACAAGUUCCUUGUAUAUUUUAUAUGUUUUUAAAUAAAGGUUGUGUGAG